GUAUUUAUUAUUUGAGGCAUAAAUAAUUGGGGGCUUAACCCUAGAGUCGCCUGAAGUAAAUCGGAGAAGAUGCUUCAGAUCCGUCUUAGCAAGCCAUCAAAUGAGAGUGGUGGAGUUGCUAAGUGGUUGCCUCCUGAAACUGUUACAGUUGCAUGUCCUGAUAAUCUUGAUAUAGCUGAUCUUCCUGUAGCCAAGAUCCUUGGUACACUAAAUCCUGCAUCUCAACUCAAAACUGUUGGCCGUAGGUCCCGGCGACAGCUUGGUGAACGAGUACAUUUUUGUGUCCGCUAUGACUUUCCUAUAGCUGUUUAUGGACGUUUGGAUCCUACACACGUCUGAUGACAUAAGCAGCAAUAGGAAAGUCACAGCGGGCACAAGAAGAUCUCCGGCUCUCGUAGGCAUCCUACUGGGCAGUGUAGGAAGAGGUGCUUGUUAGUCUCUAGACAUUGAUGGUACAUGUAGCAUCUGUUCUCUAUCUGAAUGUUCCUCCUGCUAACGUUAUCCUGUGGUAGGCUUCAUAGAUUGCUGCCCAAGGAAAAACAUUUUGAGUUUGGGGGUUGAUUUUAUAAUUAUCCCAUAAGAACCUUAUAAAAACAAAACCGUAUGAGCUUCCCAAAGCCAUUGCUGAACAUUCCCAAUCUGAGUUAUUGAAAGAUCUGCAGCCUGCUUUCACUGUGAAUAACCCCAUUUUGUGUUGCCCCAACUUAUACUAUCAUUUGUGUGGCUAGAGAAAGUGAAGGACUGUAGUAUUUGUAACAAAAUCAACAGUUCCUUUAGUUCCUUGUAAAUUGUAGAUCCCAUACUGACAUUAUGUCUGUUAUGUGCAAUGGAGGAAUCAACAUUUGAGGCAAUUUGAAAUUAAUUAUCAAUGAUCUUUUUGACUUGAAUGAAAGCACUUUGAUGUUCUGAGACUAGUUUGUCAAUCACCUUUUUCAGUAUCUCUGCUAGGUAUUCUGCAGCUAUCUUAUAUACACCACCAAGCUGCAAUCAUUCUUGCAUCGAAGUGUUUGUUAUUAUAGAAGCAACAAGCUUUGGAAUAUUUUUUACUUACAUCAGUGUAUCUAGGGGUGUGGACAUUCGGUAGUUUGGUUCGGUUUCCCUUGUUUUGGUUUUCAGUUAUUGAAUUUGUUGUACCGAACACCGAACCAAAUUAAUUCGGUUAUUUUUUGUA